UUAUCCUGGGCGCAGUUGCCUAACAGAAAGAGAGCGGUCCUAAUAGGCGUCAACUAUCUUGGUACUCGGGGCCAGCUACCGGAUUCGAACGUGAGCGGAUUGGCAUGCCUAUUAAAUCAGAAUUAUGGGUAUCGCGAGGAGGACAUAGUAAUACUCACAGACAUGCAGCAGCGACCGACGAGUCAACCCACCAAAAAACAGAUUUUGCUGUCUAUGCACUGGCUAGUCAAGGAUUCCCGGGCUGGAGACCAUUUGCUGUUCUAUUAUUGUGGUAUGUAUCCGUUAACACGUUGGUCUGUUCUGUUUAGCUAA